CUGUGUGUUUGUGAUACGCAGUGCAUGUGAUCUCACAGCGCGCUGCUUACAAUAUGAAAGAGAUUCAUUAAGUGCAUGUGAACUGGGAGCGAGUCCGAAAACAGCAGGCUGCUCAUAGCCGUACAAGGAAGCUUUCUUCUCUCUCUCUCUCUCUCACACACACACAGUGCCAACCCGACCAACUGAGUAGAGAGGGCGAGGGAAAACUAAAAAUCAAACUUCAUCCUGUGCAGCAAGGUCCUGGUGCAGCGCAGAAAGUCCUUGGAAUUAAAUUUUGCUGGUGUAUCAAGCCCAGAAUUCUGAGCUCUACAGUGGAUUAAGGUCUGAUCGGCUCUGGGACUCCUGUUACUGCUGUGUGAAGCACAAGCAAAAAAAGUCUGAGGCUUUUAAAAGAUAAAGAGAAACUUUUCAAGCCUAACUCCAGGAUCUGGGUCAAUGUAUGUUCAAUUAGCCAUUGAAGAUUCACAAUGUUAAGAGUAGUGAGCUCCUAAGCUUCAUCACAGACUGAUCACCAACCUCCAAUCUUUACCAGGAAGGACGUUGAACUGGUCUGUGUCUCCGAGGACAGGACUAAUGACGAAGCCGGCAGUGCAGGGCUGAUGCACCUGUACGGAAAUCUGGAAGAGACAAAUGCACGUUGAUCAUGCGGUCUGGGAACGUCUUCCUUGCCAUCGUUUUUCUAAGCAUCUGCCAUGGGGACCAGUACAAAUCCUUCAGCAGGCCGGGAGUGAAGUUCGAGCACCUGACUGUUGACCCACAGACGGGAAACGUGUAUGUCGGAGCCGUGAACUUCCUGUUCCAGCUGACCCCCGAGCUGUCCGACCUGGUUGUGCAGCCCACGGGGCCGCAGAGUGACAGCAAGGACUGCCUGCCGCCAGUCAACCCCAGUGACUGCCCCCACGCGAGGAUGACCGACAACCACAACAAGCUCCUGCUGACCAACCCCUACGGCAAAGAGCUGAUCACCUGCGGCAGCUUGUUUCAGGGGAUCUGUGAGAAAAGGAGUCUGGGAAACAUCAGCCGGGUUUCGUUCCGUCCAGAGCGCCCGGUCGAUACACAGUACGUCGCCGCCAAUGACCCCAAUGUCACAACGGUCGGCUUGGUUGGCCUCUCCAAAGGCAAGAUGGCCGUCCUGUUUGUGGGCCGUGGUUAUACCAGCAAAGGUGCUGGUGGGAUCCCGCCGAUCACCACCCGCAAUUUGGAAUUACAAAAUCCACAGGGUCUGGAAUCCCACCCUAUUUUCUCCUACGAGGACACGGCUAAAUUAGCAGUGGCCGGAAGGCUUUCCGAGUACAACCACCAUUUUGUCAAAUCUUUUAUUUAUCAGUUAUCCGUGUAUUUCCUGUUCUACCGGAGGGACCUGAAGUCCCCAUCCAGGGAAUACAAAACCUACGUGUCGCGGAUCUGCUUGGGAGACAUGCACUAUUACUCGUACGUGGAGGUGCCCCUUGUUUGUCAGACUGCUGGGAAGAGCUACAAUUUACUCCAAGCGGCCUAUGUAAGCCGACCAGGGAAGGGCCUGGCCGAGGGCGUUCUUAAAACUAAUGGGGAGGUCCUGUUCGCCACUUUCGCUGUUGGCCAGACGGCCACGGCAAAGGCAACAGAAGAAUCAGCGCUUUGCAUUUACACGAUGAGCCAGAUUGACCAGAUGAUCAACCGAACCAGGGACCUGUGUUACACCAAUUUUGGGAAAAUGGAGGACAAGAGUGAGGCAGCCUACAUCGAGUAUGAAGUCAAAUCCAGCUGUAGCGGAUUAACUUCAGACACUCUUAAUGCAUACCCAUGUGGUUAUGACCACACGCCCAGCCCAAUGGCCAGCUGUAUUCCGAUAGAGGCAGCUCUCGUACUCAAGGUUGCGCAGGGGCGCCUGGUAGCGGUGGCUGUGACUGUGGAAAUGGAGCAUACCAUCGCCUUCGUGGGAGAUGCCAAGGGCCAUCUCCAUAAGGUUUUUGUGAAGCCAUCCGGAGAGGCCGAGCAAUAUGCGACACUUGUAAUCGAGCCCAAUGCAGCAGUCAACAGUGACCUAGUGUUUGAUCGUGAGCAGAAGCACCUUUAUGUCACAACUCAGUUAAAGGUGCUGAAGCUACCCGUGAGUGAGUGCUCCAAGUACACUGACUGCCAAUCCUGCCUCGUAGCGAGGGACCCAUACUGCGGCUGGUGCAUACUUCAGGGCAGGUGCUGUCGGAGGUCAGAGUGUGAAAGGGCUGAGGAAGGUGUCCAGUGGCUGUGGAGCUAUGAGGAAGGCCGACAGUGUCUGAGAGUGCAGACUCUGACCCCAGCUAAUAUCAGCAGAGAAGAGCAAAAACAGGUACUUGUGAAGGUUGUUGACUUGCCUGUUCUUGCCAAGGGUGAGUCUUACACCUGUCUGUUUGAUGAUUACUCCAGUCCUGCAGAAAUUACUGGGAGAGGUGUGGCUUGUUUGACCCCCAACAUCCAGCAACUUCCACGAACCAAACCUGGAACAGACCAUGUGACUGUCACAUUACAAGUAAUGUUCUUUAACAUCACACUGACAGCAGAGAACUCCCUCUAUGACUGCAGUGCAGUCCAACAGCUCUCCAGAAAUUUUCCGUGUCGUGGAUGUGUGAGCAGUCAAUGGGGGUGUAACUGGUGUGUGCUUCAGCAUCAUUGCACCCACAACACUACCUGUGAGGGCGAGGUGAUCAUUUUUAAUGAGAAUUUUGUACUACCCUACGUGGUACCUCCUACCCUCGCUACCAAGCCGCUCCAUGUCGACACGACUGCUCUUCCAACCACCAUCCGCCUCACCACCGCGGCUCUUACUACAGGAACGACAGCCAUUCCUACCACAUUGCUGGGCACAGAUACCACAACCGCGAGAGCUACGGCCCUGACCACAUUGCCAACCACUGUGCCCACCACUUCUGUGGCAAUGACCAAUGCCACAGCUGGUCUGACUAGCCAGUCCACCACUGUGCCCACUGUGCAAGCACCAACAAUGGUGCCCACCACCCUGGAUAUCACAGUUGCUCCAACCACACAGUGGACCGCAGCCACUCCGUCCUCUGGGGCUACUACAGUGGCUGAGAGCAGUACCCCUGGCAUGACCACAACAGAGGGUACAGCGCCUACCCCCGUCCCAUCGGGGGUGGCCUUGACCACGGUCACAUAUGCAUUGCUGCCCACUACGCUUGAAGCUCCGUCUGAAGCUGGCCCAACCACGACGGUUGUCCCCCCGACCGUCAACGCCGCAAUUACAACUGCGUCAGCCUCUCCUUUAAACAGUACGGACGGUGGCGCCCUUCCUGUUGCCAUGACUGUCCCUGUCGCGGAUGCCUCGGAGCCCCCUUCCACUCGAUUGGCUGUACCAACUGACCCUCGACCUGAUUACCCGACCACCCUGCCCUCUGCUAGGCCUGUGAAGGACGUUGGUGAGUGGAAGGAGCCAGAUGUUUGGGUAGACCCUGUGCAGGUUGAGAACGACACAGCCGCCUUUUUGGCUGCUGCUGCGCUGCUAUCAGGUGACGGAGAUGUUGAGAACCCUUCUCCUGCCUUUCUCCACUUGCUUGACACUGAGGUCGACUACCACUAUGAACCUGACUCUCCAUUCUUCUCCGUACAGAGCCACGAAGGGAUAAAUAAGGGUCCUGCGGCCUGUCCCUGUGUGAAUAACAUUCGAGGACCACCUCUUCUGCCUGUCAACACAGAACGGAAAAUAACACUGGUGGGACAAAACCUGCACUUCUUUCAGGACCCGGAAGGGAAUUAUGAAUGUGUCUUUGUUAUUGAGAGUCGGAUGGUGGUGGUGGAGGCGUUUGUUGAAGGGGAUGUUAAUGAUCCCAUGUUUUACUCGAUUACCUGUCGGGUGCACCAGUUUACCUACUCCACAUUGCAGCAAGAGUAUAAUGCAACAGUGUAUAUCCAGCGACCGCCCCAUUACAGAGUGGACAGCAGACGUGAUUUGCAUAUUACCCUGUAUAACUGUUCCGUGGAUCGAACAGACUGCAGUCGCUGUCAGACAGCAGAAACCAAAUAUUCCUGUGUGUGGUGUGGGGGAGGGAAGCCCAGCUGUGUGUACGAAAAGUCCUGUGUGGACGGAGUGGUACAGACCUGCCCGGCACCCGUCAUUCAUUCGAUCGACCCAAUGUCAGGGCUGCAGGAAGGUGGGACCGUGGUCACCAUCAUGGGUUCAAACUUAGGCCAGCGAUUCGAGGACAUCGAGAACAAGGUGACGGUGGCUGGGAUCCCGUGUCGUGCUGAUCCUCUGAAGUACGAGGUCUCCACCAGAAUUGUGUGCUACACGGCGGCUGCUAAUGAGGAAGUAUCAGGCCAGGUGACAGUUGAAGUAGUAAAUGGAGGCAGCAGCACCUCUGCGCAGCCCUUUACUUAUCAGAACCCAGUGCUGAACUCUAUCUCACCAUCACGAGGCCCAAAAGCUGGAGGAACACUCCUCACACUCAAUGGCAUCAAUUUGUUGACUGGCAGACCAAGUGAUGUCCAGGUGUUUGUUGGUGACUUCCCCUGCCUCAUUUCUGCCGAUAUUGAAGAUCGUCAUGUCCAGUGUCUCACUAGCCCGAGCAACCAGACAGAUGAGCUGCCUGUCACAGUCAAGUAUGGCCAUAUUCCAAAGAGACUGAGCAGUGCCUUCUACAGCUACACAGAAAAUCCAAACAUCACCAGUGUGUGUCCAGACAAGAGCUUCUUAGGUGGUGGAAGAGUGAUCAGUAUAAAUGGACAAAACUUAGAUGCUGUGCAAACACCUCAGAUGAUGGUCCAGUUAAUCCCAAAUGAACGACGGCGGAGGUGGCUCUCUGAGCUACAGAGCCGGGUGAGAGAGAGGAAACGCAGAAUGAUAAAGGACAACAACGCUGAAAGGCAUGGACUCAAGUUCAUUGAAUUCUGUCAGGUGAAUUCCUCUUCCUUCAUGACUUGUCAGACACCAUCGAUCAAAGCCCCUGUCAGCGAUGCUGUCAUCACUGUACACUUCCUCAUGGAUAACCUGUGCUUCGAUUUCAAUGAGAUCAGUCCAACAAAGUUCACGUACAAGCCUGACCCAAUCCUGAAGCCACUAAAUGCGGAUGACCCAUCAAAGCCAUACAGGCACAAACCAGGCAGUGUACUGUCUGUAGAGGGUGAAAACCUGGACCUAGCGAUUACGAAGGAAGAAGUAGUUGCGAUGGUGGGUGAAGGAAUCUGUGUUGUGAGAACAUUGACCGCAAAUCACCUGUACUGUGAACCACCCCUGGAACAGCCUGCAGCACGAAGGAGGAGAAAGCGUGAAAGCCUGGACACACUACCGGAAUUUAUUGUGCAGAUGGGAAAGCUGCAUUUCAAGUUGGGAAAGAUUCGAUAUGAUGCCGAGAGCCAAUCUAAUUUCCCACUCGAGGCCCAGAUUGGACUUGGGGUGGGAGCUUCCAUUGUCGCUCUGAUUGUCCUGAUCAUUGUGCUUAUCUACAGGCGGAAAAGUAAGCAGGCCUUGAGAGACUACAAGAAAGUACAGAUCCAGUUGGAGAACCUGGAGACCAGUGUCCGUGAUCGAUGCAAGAAGGAGUUUACAGAUCUCAUGACUGAAAUGAUGGACCUAUCCAGUGAUCUGGUUGGAACUGGAAUUCCUUUUCUGGAUUACAAGACCUAUGCCGAGCGCAUCUUUUUCCCAGGGCAUAGGGAGUCCCCUCUGCAACGGGAUCUGGAUGUACCUGAAUCUCGACGCCAGACAGUAGAACAGGGGCUUGUGCAGCUUUCUAAUUUAUUGAACAGCAAGCUUUUCCUCACCAAGUUUAUUCACACGCUGGAGAGCCAACGGACAUUUUCCCCACGGGAUCGUGCUUAUGUGGCAUCGCUAUUGACUGUCUCGUUGCAUGGGAAGUUAGAGUAUUACACAGACAUCUUGAAAACGCUGCUGAAUGAUCUGGUGGAGCAGAAUGUUGCCAAGAACCCAAAACUGAUGCUGCGCAGAACAGAAACAGUGGUGGAGAAGUUGCUGACAAAUUGGAUGUCCAUCUGUCUAUACACAUUCCUCAGGGAUUCGGCGGGGGAAUCCCUCUACAUGCUGUUCCGAGCAAUCAAACACCAAGUGGAUAAAGGACCUGUUGAUGCUGUAUCAGGAAAGGCCAAGUAUACUCUCAAUGACAACAGACUACUCCGAGAGGAUGUGGAAUACCGCACACUGACCCUCAACGUCCUGGUACAAGGUGAAGAUGUACAACCCUCACCUGUGAAAGUAUUGGAUUGUGACACCAUCACCCAAGUCAAGGAAAAAAUCAUUGAUCAGAUCUACAAAGGAGUGACCUACUCACUUCGACCGCAUGUGGAAACACUUGAUCUUGAAUGGAGAUCGGGGUUGGCUGGACAUCUUAUCCUUUCUGAUGAAGACCUGACCUCCGUUCUCCAGGGAAACUGGAAACGUCUAAACACCUUGCAGCAUUAUAAGGUUACUGAUGGGGCCACAGUUGCUCUUGUCCCACGCCUCAGCAAGCACAUUCACCAUGAGAAUCAUGAUUUUACUGCAGGAGAGAAGACACCAAUGUUGGAAGAUGCAGAUGAAGGAGGGAUCAAAGUUUGGCACCUGGUUAAAGCCAGUGAAGAGCCUGAACUGCCCAAACACAGAAGGGGCAGCCUGCGGGAGCGGGAACGAGCCAAAGCCAUUCCUGAGAUCUACCUGACACGAUUGCUUUCCAUGAAGGGCACACUGCAGAAGUUUGUAGAUGACCUCUUCCAGGUGAUCCUCAGCACAAGUCGGCCUGUCCCUCUUGCCGUCAAAUAUUUCUUUGACCUCCUGGAUGAACAAGCAGUACACCAUGGGAUUACUGAUACAGAAACUAUUCACAUCUGGAAAACAAAUAGUCUGCCUCUUCGUUUCUGGAUAAACAUUAUUAAAAAUCCUCACUUCACCUUUGACGUUCAGGUGUCAGAUAAUGUGGAUGCCAUGCUAUCAGUCAUUGCACAGACCUUCAUGGAUUCCUGCACUAUAGCAGAACAUAAACUGGGCCGGGAUUCUCCAAUUAACAAACUGCUGUAUGCUAGAGACAUCCCUCGAUACAAGCAGAUGGUGGAGAGGUACUAUGCAGACAUUCGGCAGACAAUCUCAGCUAGUGACCAGGAAAUGAACUCUGCUUUAGCUGAGCUGUCCAGGAAUUACUCCAGUGACAUGAACUCCCUCGUGGCUCUUCAUGAACUCUAUAAAUACAUCAACAAAUACUAUGACCAGAUCAUUACAGCACUAGAAGAGGAUCCAACAGCACAGAAGAUGCAGCUUGGUUACCGGUUACAGCAGAUUGCUGCGUCUGUGGAAAACAAGGUCACAGACUUGUGACAGGAGGAACUACUGAGAAUGAUUCAAAGGAAGAGUUGAGGCAUCUUUGCAUUGGUGCAAACUGAGGAGCGAUGAGACACUGAUCAGUGAACAGAGCUUGCUGAAUGCAGGAGUGCCUUAUGGAACCAUGCUUCCUCUAUUACUUCAGCUGUGGGAAUGAAGGAAAGCAAACUCCUAUGAUGCAUCAGUUUUGCAAAACAUUGAAAAGAGCCUCUUUCCCUGCUCCUAGGCCAUUUCCACUUGCUUCAAGCUCUCUUUUGGGAGUGUUCAUAUUGUAGACUAUUAAACAACUUAGAAAACACCACAAACCAUGAACAGUCUAAAGAGUCAGCAUAUCAAUGGACAAAUGAUGUUAAUAUUUUUUCCACAGAGAGAUUUAAUUUUUUUUUAAACUAAUCCUAUAAGAGAGGUAUUACUGUUCUACGUUGGAAGCUGCAAAGUGAGAUUGGGAAAUGGUACAGAUAGUAAGGCAUUGAAGAGUUUAUACACAAAGUGGUGUUGGACUGAGUUAAUUAGUUGCUUGGUUUCAAUAAAUAUAGGAUGGUCGACAGCAAGCACUACACACAGGAAAUUGACUGUUAAAGGUCCAGUCAAGCACUCAGUUCCUGAGCAGAAGGCCAAGUUCAAACAGGUCGUGUUAUUGGUAGAUUUGGAGAGUAUGGAGAAGUAGGAUUGUCAUGUGGCACUUGGUGAGUUUGAAGAGGCCUGAGAGGGAAUUAAGCCAUUUGGAGGUGAAUGUUUAGAACUAUGUCACCGUUUGGAACUAUGUCACUGCCUCAAAGCACAUUAAUAUCAUUCCGUAGCUGGUUUAAAUGUUCAUGUCUAUCACAUAUAUCUUUCAAUGGACCAUUCUGCUUCCUAAACUCUGGCAACAACCCGCAAAUAUGUUGCUUUUUACUGUCUAGUCCUUUCAAUACCCUGUGAUGGUGAUGGGCCCCUUGAUAGGAAUGGAGAUUCUUAUUUUACUUGAUAUCUCAUUUUACAUCACUGCUAAUUGUCCACUCCAGAAUAUUAUUUAAUUGUUACCAUUGUGUUUUGGGUCCAGCCAUUGAUGAAAAGUUGUGAAUAGAGCCAGUUGAUUCAAAGUCAGGCCACCCAGCUAAGACUGGUGCAAAUCCAUUCUGUGGGAGUUUGAGAUCCUAGUAGCAAAUAGCCUGGGAAUGUUGAGCAGCUUUGAGGCUUUCACUCAUUUUAUUUUCUGAUUAAGAAUUAUUUCCAAAGGACCAAUCAAUAUCAGAAAAAUUGCUAAUGUCUUCAAAUUUCCUGAUCUGCGAAGCUCAAUGAAAGAAUGAUCUUUUGUAAAUUGUCAGUUUAUUCAUAGUUUCCCAUUAUGCUGCUGUUACCUUUUUGAUUAUGUGCAACUCUUCCAUCCUGACCCAUUGUAGACGAUCGGGGACUGUUUAUUUUUUGAAGGAGGGAGUAACUUUAACAUCCAUCAUAUAAAGUGACAGAUGUCACUUGAACCAUGCAGCCACCAGAAAUUAGAUCUUGCAAUCUCUGCACCACUUGGAAUUUUUUUUAAAAAUAUUUUAAUUUUAAAUGUGAUGCCUUCUGAGGUUCAAACAUCUGACAGACAAUUGAGUAAUUGUUAGGAAAUAGAGGAUCUACUGGUCUUACUGGGGGGGGUUGGCGUAUGUUUAGUUUGUGGGGCUUGGAAUGAAGUGAUUUUUUUAAAAAUAUUGACUUACCCCAUAACAAUGGUAACCUGUUUCAAAGUAGGCUUCAUUAUCAUUUUAACUUAUGAUAAAGUCUGAAAUAAUAUGCUUACACAUCCAGUAUUUAACAGCAGUGUUAUCCCUCUAGAGGGAAACAAAAUCUUCCAGAGUGAUGUCCGCUGUAUCAGAUGGCUUCAAACAUUAUUCCCUUGAAGAAAAUGAUCACAAUUGUUCUUCCAUAUUGGGGUGUGUGCAGUAACACUCUUUUACGGUACAGUCUGAGACAGGACUUCAAUUUUGAUCUUGGAAUUCAGAGUUGUAUUUAAUUCUAAUCAUUUUAUAUCAUCUCAAUUCACAUACACAUAGAUGAUGUUCAGUGCAAAUGUCUGAUCCACAAUAAAACUUUAUACAGAUUUUUGUCACGACUGCUUAGAAAUGUCUCUUAUAUCCUUGGACCCACGUCAUUAAGAUGCAGCUGCACACCUCAAUAUGGCUGCAAUGGUAUUUGUUUGCCUGGAAGAUCUGUCUUCAAUGGGAAAUUUUGUUGAUAGUAGCAGGUUUCUCUGCUGCAUUGUUUUUAUCAGAUAAACGAGGAGGCAGCACCUCCACUUUGUUAAAACAUUUCAAAAAGCAUCAAGAGGUCCACUCUUAGAAAACCUGGAAUAUGACAUUCCAUCCUACAUGUUUGGAAUGUAAAAGUAAAGGGUUUGAUGUCAGUCCAAACAACAUUUUGCGAGUUUUACAGAUGAUGAUGAUUACGCACAAGCUAAUUACUAUUGGUCACGUUUUCACCUGAAAAUCUUACUUGAACAGCAAGCAUAAAUAACACCAGAGGCAUUUUAGGUGAAGUUUUCAGCAGUCUGAUUGUAUUUGUGACUAAACCACUGAAAUAGAUGCUUUCUCUUAAAGAAAAGCUCACUUUCAAAACAUUUAUAAAAUCCCUUUUUGUUUUUAAACAAUAGUGUAUUUAUUUAAUUAGCAGGCAUAGCCUGGUUAAAUGAGGACACUGAUAAUUUUUGUUCUUUUCUGUUCUGUGAAGUUCUUGAUUACAUACUGGUCAUGAAAUAGCACUUAAGUGUCUUCCAAAGUCCAAAUUAAUAAUAUUUUAAAGGAUCCACAGUACCAACAAACCAUACUUAAAACAGCAACAAAUACUGGGGAGCUCCAUAAAAUGGCUCAAUCAACAACUUGGGAAAUAUUCCCAGAAUGUGAAAAGAUUUUUUGAAAUUCUCAUUCAACACUUUACCUGAGAGUGAUGUAUACCAUUUACCCUCAUGGUGAAGAAUGCAAAUUCCCAUUCAACUUCAAAAAUAUCAAAUAAAAUGACUUUUUUUUGAUGAUUGGACAAUUUUUAAAUAGACACCCAUCUAGACAUCUAAUUCUCACAUUUCUACUGCCAAAUUAACAAAUUACUGGGUUUAUUUCUCAAGUUAGAACCAAGAAAUUGACAUAUCUUCAAAGUUUAUACAGAGAUUAGCAGGUCUCAGUUUUGUAGUGUUCUGUUUCGAAGAGCAUUGAUGUUACUGUGGUUGAUAUACAGAUCAGAAAUAUCAGAAGAAACAUGAGGAUAGCGUAACACCAUAAAGGUGGAUGCUAUGUGCAUUGAUUGGGUCUUAAUCAAACCUGAGUCUCCAUCAGCACUUUGCCUGCUGUAUAUGUCUUUUAAUUGUAGUGAUGAGAAUAAUCUUGUAAUGAGGAGCUUUGGGGCUGGUUGGAGGAAGAAGGUUAUGACUCACAUGGAGACCAGUAGAAAAACAAUUGAAAUCAAUAAACAUGUCUAAAAAUAAAGUACAUUUGUGAUCUAAAUUUCCGAGUCACAACAUAGCUGUGAUGAUCUUAUUUAUUCAGGGAGGUUCUUAAUAUGCUACUGAACAUGCUAUAGUUGUACUCACUCAGCUUUUUAGCUCAUUAAAGGGCUGGUCGCUGCUGAAUGUAUGGAAACCUGGUAUAUUCAAUGGAGUCGUGUUGACAAUGGAUUGUUAUAAUUUAGAUGACCAGAUCUUUAUACAUAUCCAAGCUAAUUAAAGCGUUCGGUCAUUAUCAACGCAUUCAUUGUAGCAAUACCGCCAAAAAUGCAUGUCAAUGGGAGAAAAGAUUACUUUCAAAACAAAUCAUUCUAGAGAAAUAGUAUUGCCUUGACUUUUGUUUUUUUUUAUUAUUGGAGAGCCAUAAUUACUGUUUGUGAUUUAUCUUCAAAUGCCAUUUGAUUUUAUUGCUGUUUAAACACUAUUGUCAAUUUUCAUAGCACUUCAUUCUUGAGACAAGACUUGUUGAUAGGAACUCCAUUGCCUACUCUAGACCUAGGUCUGAGAAAUAGAAAAACAGCCUUACUGAUUUCCACCUCAUCUUAUUCUGUUCUCCAUCUCUGCUUCAGCUAGUGUAUUGUAUUCAUUUCUGGGAUCCACACUUUAGAAAGGGUGUGAUGGCAUUAAGCUGCAGGAAAGCUUCACCAGAAUAGUUCCAGGGAUGAGGAAUUUCAGUUGGUGAUAAAAAUAAGUGAGGAUAGUUUUCCUCUGUUCUGGGGCGAGUGGGGAGAGAAAAGAAGGUUGAGAGAAGAUUUGACAGAGAUAUUCAAAACCAUGAGGAGUCCUGACAGAGUGGGAGAAACUGUUCCCUCUCAUGAAAGGAUCAAGAACGAGUGGGCAAAAGAUUUCAAAUAAUUGGUGAAAAAGGCAAAAAGAAAAUCCCUUUUCAAGCAGGGAGGCUUAAGUUUAGUGGUUUCAGGUUUAGUUGAAAUAGUCAGAAGAGAAUUGCAUGAUCUGAAAAGAAAGAAUGUGCAGUAUUGCAGUUUCCUCGAUGGCAGGGGAAUGGGACAAAGUGAAUUCAGCUUCAACUAAUCCUUGUUUGGAGAGCCAGUGCAGAUGAAUGGCCUCCUUCUGCAUUGUAACAAUUCUGUGAAUCUCCUUAUUCUGUUCUCCUCAGAUUAACAGGAAAUAUGUAAACAAACUCAUUCUACUGCAUCGUGAUGUAACAUUUUAGAGGAGGAAUGACUUGCAUCAUUUUUUGUUUGAUUGAUGCAGCAAGUGGAUUGUGUUUCAUAUGCUGCCAUACAUCUGGCAACUCAGGCAAUUUGAUUAUCUCCAGUGCUGUCCUGUACUUUUAAAAAAGUUUGUUCACUGCUGAUCUAUAAUAACCUGGCAUUUUUGUUUAAAAUUAUAUCUAAACAAAUGCUUCCCAAACUCUUUUCUCACUGUGACCCCAUUAUCAGGUUUGAAAAUUGUUCCGACCUCAUAAUGAGAGCUGAGCGCAGUUUCUGGGGUUUUGGAACAACUAUGGCACUAGAGGCUGGGGCUUCAACCAUUACUGCCUCAGAACGCAUGAUCCCAAAAUGUCAGCUGUCACAACCCCGUUUGUUACCUAACCACACUUUGAGGAUCCUUUGCCUAAACUUCUCUUUUAUUGACUUUCACAUUCGAAUUUAUAACCUAUGUACUUUGCAGCUCAGUUUUAAAAUGUUUUUAAUUUCCAUGGCUCUGAUAAACAGAGCUCUGAUUAAGAAGCAGUAGGAUGACACUUAGAGAUGAAACGCAAAUUCUUUAUAAACUUGCAAUACCAGGAUACAAUGAAAGGGAUGGAAAUAUCUAGAAUUUCAAUUAACAUCCAAAACUCCUCCCUUUAAAGUUAAUAUCAGUUUUCCUCCCUCUCUAUCUGCCCAAACCUUGUUUAUUACUUCUUAAUUUGCAUUGUAAAUGUUUGAUAUGUUCAAGAGCAUUUUAUUCACUUUGAGGGGUUGGGGAGGUGGGGGCGCAAGUUCUCAGGGCUACCUUUUCGAGUGAUAUGUAUGCCUCAAUUUAACAAUACAAUUUUGUGGGGGAGAAAAGGAACAGAGCCGGGCCAUGGAACAAAGAGAUACUUUGCAGCGCUCCCUCAGCUAAUCUAAACCAUUUAUAGAUCGCUGAAGCUUUCCGUUUUGUUCUCUGCCUGAUUUGCUGCUGAUAAAUGGUUCCAACAAACUUAUCAAUGGGAGGAACUGAUAGAACAUCUUGGGAAUAACUAUGAAUAAAUGAAGUAACGUGAGCCGGUAGUUAUUGUCUUAGUAUUCUGUAACACCUCAACAGAAUGCUAAGAAUGUGAAAUUUUCUCUCUCUUUAGUCUGAGCCAAAACCGAUCCUAGCAUUGGAUUUUAGUGCAGAAGUUCAACUAUUUUCUGUCUGGUUCCCUAUAUUUUGAAGCUAACCAGUUGCAAGCAGGCUGUGAAUAAAAUUAACAGUUAUUCACCAAACUUCAUAUUAAAAUAACUUGGAGCAAACAUACUUCAUUAUAUAGUGACUUUAAUUGGUUUGGGACUUGGAACACUUUCUAACCUUUAUUGGCUCAAUGAUUUUAAUCACAGUGAACUUCUUUUGGGCACUCCUCCUUAGAUUGAAUUGCUGUAUUGCAGCAGAUGGGAUGCCAUUAUAAAGAUCAGUGCAGGAUAACCAUUUUUGUAUGCAGGGAUAUUCCACAACAUUUAUAUUCGCACUGCUUUUUCUAAAGAGAAUGAAAAUAUUUCUAGUUGUACUCUCAAGCUAUUCAGUGAACCCAAAUGUUUCUUCUGUACCUAUUUGUGUCUUCUUUUUUCUGCAGUAAUGCCAAUAGAAUGUCAUGAAACCUUCUUGACCUCUCGUGAGUAAGUUCAUUAAUGGAUGACUGAGUUUUCAGGAUAGCACUUCUGAAGAGGCCUAGUAACCAACCAAUAACAUGAAAUAUAUGCCAACAAAGUAUUUGCUUUGUGAAGUAUUUUUCAUCUCAGAAGACUGUCCAAAACAAUCAACAGUCAAUGAAGUACCUUUAACAUGCAGUGACUGUUGUCUGACAUUUUGUGACCAGUUCUCAUCAGUUUGGAUCUAGUAAAUUCUAUUGUCAUUACAACUUUGCUUGGAAAAUGGAAUGGAAUAUAGGGUCUUCACAUCAGGGUUGACAGGAGUCUUUAUUUUUCCGUAAAACAGUAUGGUGGAAAGGAACCCCUUGUUUCAGCUGUUGGAGGUCAACAAUAGGAUCUAUGUUUGUGAUCAUUGUGCGUAGGAAUUAAGGCUUGUUGGUCAGAGUUCUGAUAGACUUGGAGUAACAUUUGUUCCUUUGAUUAUAGUAUGGGAUUUGGAACCUGCAGAUCAUAACUGGGUACCUCAGUAAAAUCUGUAUUUAUGAACACCACAUCGAUAUUAGAUCCUUUGGGACAGACUAGUGUGAUCUCAUUUUGAUCGUUCUCCCUACCCUGAAAAUAGAUCUCUAUGUACUCUGUCUGACUUCCUCACUAGUGCAGUAUCUGCACUAAUAUUUUCUGGUAUUUGCAUCUGCCUAUUACCACUUGAUCUCUACUGGAAAUUUUGGUUGCUGAAUCGCACUGACUUGCAGUUGUAUAUAGUAACAGUUAUGUAUUUAUAUACUGAAGGAAAUUAAAAUGAAAUGUUUUACCACCUAGUGUAAAAUAAUGUGUAGAGCUGGCUCUGCAAUGAGCACAGAAAGACUGUUAAUUUUUAGUAAAUCACCAAUGUAAUAUCUGUAAAUAACCAAAUUGACUAGCUUCUUACCUUAAUCUGUUUAUUAAAGAAAACAUACAAA